CUGCGCAAGCGCAGUUGAGAGCAGCUCGGCCGUUGCCAUUGUAACGUUAGACAGGAAGAAGAGACAGGUUAAUUGUUGUUAUUGUAGGCAGUCAUAAAGUGGCUUAUAUUUACCAUAAUAGACUGCAGUUGAAAUGGCAAACCGAAACCUUAAGCAUGUAAACAUUCAGAACAGUUCUCCAUCUCCGAAGCCUCAAAAUCCGAAUCGCAACCCGGACUCUCCGUCCACGGAGCGCGUGCAGAAGAUGGAGGGAGCGACGCCAUCGCCUAAAGUCACAAGCCCUCAGCCAGAAGCAGAAGGCAGCAGCGAGCCUCGGGAAAUGACUCUGGACCUGAAGAGUUUCAGGAAACCGGGAGAGAAAACAUUUACACAGAGGUGCAGACUGUUUGUCGGCAAUCUUCCUACUGACAUUACGGAGGAAGACUUCAGAAAGCUGUUCGCCAAAUAUGGCGAGGCUAAUGAAGUAUUCAUCAACAGAGACCGAGGAUUCGGAUUCAUUCGACUGGAAACAAGGACAUUAGCAGAGAUUGCCAAAGCAGAGUUGGAUGGAACAGUGUUGCGGAACAGGCCAAUUCGCAUCCGGUUUGCCACACAUGGAGCUGCUCUCACGGUUCGAAACCUUUCACCAGUUGUUACCAAUGAGCUCCUGGAGCAGGCAUUUUCACAGUUUGGGCCCGUGGAGAGGGCAGUUGUGGUGGUAGAUGAUCGUGGCAGACCCACAGGUAAAGGCGUUGUGGAGUUUGCCAAUAAGCCUGCUGCACGAAAGGCUCUUGACCGUUGUGCUGAUGGAGCCCUUUUACUUACUACGUCUCCGCGGCCAGUUAUUGUUGAACCAACAGAGCAGUUUGAUGAUGAAGAUGGUCUUUCAGAAAAAUUACUGCAAAAGUCAGCACAGUAUCACAAGGAAAGGGAGCAGCCUCCACGCUUUGCCCAGCCAGGCACCUUUGAGUUUGAGUACUCGUCACGUUGGAAGGCGCUUGAUGAGAUGGAGAAACAGCAGCGGGAGCAGGUGAACAGGAAUAUCCAAGAGGCCAAGGAGAAACUGGAGGCUGAGAUGGAGACAGCAAGGCACGAGCACCAGCUCAUGAUGAUGAGACAAGAUCUCAUGCGACGUCAAGAAGAGUUGCGCCGACUGGAGGAACUGAGAAACCAGGAACUCCAAAAGCGCAAACAGAUGGAGAUGAGACAUGAGGAAGAGAGGCGGAGACGUGAGGAGGAAAUGAUGCGCCACAGAGACCAGGACGAAAUGAGACGUCAGCCUGAUGGUUUUAAACCUGGCUUUAUGGAUAGCAGAGAACAGGAUAUGAGAAUGAGUGAAAUGGGUGCCCGUGGAGCCGUUAAUAUGGGAGAUUCUUUUAAUCCUGCCGCUGCUGUUAGCGGUAACCAGGGCCCUGCUCAAAUGAUGGGCAUGGGCAUGUCAGGCCGGGGUGGAGCCAUGGGGCCAGAGGGAUCAUCAAAUAUGGGGGCACCUCUCAUUCAAGAUAACGGAAAUAUGCGUAAUGAAAGAUUUUCUCAGGGAGCACCUGCUCAGAUGGGUUCUUCAAUGGGUAUUCGACCAGGUGUUGAUUCCCCCCAGCAACAACAGUCACCUGUGAUUGGUGGUGCAGGACCUGUGCCUCCUAUGGGUGGUCCAGGUGGAUUUGGGCGAGGAAAUCCUGUUGGGGGAAACUUUGAUGGGCCCAACAACAAGCGCCGUAGAUACUAGGCUUUUCUGUCAUGAUAGUGGAUUAUAGUCUUUGAUCCAGAACAUCUAAACUCUUGCUUAUGGAUAUUAUUCAUUUCCAUGUCCUUUUCAGUGGCGCUGCUCUCAGGCAGUCAAUAGUAUUGACCUUUGUUCCAAGUGUGUGAGACAUAGCAUGAACCAUUUUUAAUCAUGAAAUGAAAACAGAGCUCAGUUUUAAGACUGACAUUGACUUAACUGCAUAUGCUGUAGGGAAAGUCAUAUUCUGGUCAGAUGGAGCUUCUGAGGGGUUGCAGUGCUUCUGCUUAGUCCUUUUCCUACACUUUGCUUAUUGUUGUAAGAUCAGUCAAAGCUGGAAGAAAUUUAAUAAAUCUACUUAAUGACCAUAUCUGUACUGAGCUAAACAGUUUACCUGAUUAUAUGGGACUUUAUAAUUUGAUAUGCUUCUGUGCAGUUCAUUUUGUUCUAAUCAGAACCUUCUAUUUGACAAGACAUGCUGGAAACAAAUUAGUAGAAUGAGAGCAGUAUCUAUUUUUUGGUUUCCUGGUUUCUGUAUUUGCACAGUGUGAGUGGUAAGAUCUAUGUUACGCAGAAACCAAGAAAUGGAACAAAAUAAAUGAGGCUGUGUGAGAAUCUGAGUUUGCAAAAAGCUCAUUUCAAGUAACUACUUUUCUGUGGAAGCAAAGCAAAAAAUACCUAUACACUAAUUAUUAACAGUGUCUUAUACACAGCAUGUUUUAAACAGAAACAUAUUUCCAACCAAGAGAUUCUAAGAAUUUGUUUCAUAUAACAUCUUUAAGUCCCAUGUUAUUAGAUAAAUGUUUUAGUGUAGCUUUUUGGCAAGAGCAUGUUGCUUGGGCCAUCCUAUUUGUACAACAUCUGAUUUACAGUGAUUGUUUUUUAGACUACUUCUAGUAUAUGGAUCGUGACACUAGUGUAUGUCAUGUAGAAUGUGCAUGCCUUUUAGCAGUCGUUUUUGUUUUAGUAAAUAUUAUGAAUAUGCCAGGUUGUUUUCCUUUUUCUUAAAUGGCGGUUAUUGAAUAAAAGUACUUAAAAAGUUA